AUGCUUAAAUUGGUAACCGUUAUUAGGCAUAGUAGUCUAGCACUAGAACAUAUCAUUUUUAAGAGAUACUCAAGUAACUUUAACGCUGGUGGCACUAAGACAGGCGUUAGUGGUGGUGGAAAAAAAAUUGCCGUCAAGUUCUUAAAAAGUCAACAACAGAUAACUAUACCAUACAACAAUCCAGUGCAUACUUGUAAUACGCUUAGUGCUGUGACAAUUUGCAUUAUAGGGUUAACAUUUUUGGCAAUUCCAUUGUAUGAAUUGUUCUGCCAAAAAUCCGGUUAUCUAGGGACUCCGAAAUCACACACCUCUUACACAAAUCUAUCACCUCCACCGAGUUACAGUAACAAUAAGAAAUUUGUUGUAGACUUUGUUUCGCAAUCUAAUAUCCUGUGGAAAUUUUAUCCGUGUCAAGAUAGCGUUAUAAUUAGACCUGGCGAAACCACUUUGGCAUUUUACAAGGCCAAAAAUUUGCAGCCUACGCCAAUAAUCGGCAUAGCAACGUACAACGUCAUCCCUGAUGAGGCUGGCCAGUACUUUAACAAAAUCCAGUGCUUCUGCUUCGAGGAACAAAUGCUUAAUCCCAACGAGGAAGUUGAAUUGCCCAUAUUCUUCUACUUGGACCCAGAAAUACUAACUGAUCCCAGGCUGGAAUCGGUAAAUCGAAUCACUUUAAGUUAUACAUUCUUUGAAUCCAACUCUGAUAUACCAGAAGACUAUACGCUUUUGCAACAUUAA